ACAGCACAACCUCGGUGAAAUCCUACAUUUCCCAUGUUACCCCGCGCACACGGAAGUGCGUCAUCACGCGUGACCUUGGCGUUCUUCUUCACUUGGUUUUCUAAGAGGACGAGCAUGGCGAAUAAGGAGCCCGGUGGUUUUCUGCAGCAGCUGCGGCAGAUCGCAGGCAGGAUGUCAUCAGGACCUCGGGGUGCAGGACUCGGUGUCAAGCUGCUGAUCGGUGCUGGAGCUCUGGCUUAUGGUGUGAAGGAAGCAACCUACACAGUUGAAGGAGGACAGAGAGCGAUCAUCUUUAACAGGAUCGGAGGGAUGCAGAUGGACACAGUUCUCUCUGAGGGACUCCACUUCAGGAUACCCUGGUUCCAGUAUCCCAUCAUCUACGACAUCAGAGCCAGACCCAGAAAGAUCUCCUCACUCACUGGAAGCAAAGACCUUCAGAUGGUGAGCAUCUCACUGCGAGUUCUGUCCCGGCCGCUGGCGUCCAACCUGCCCAUCCUCUACCAGCAGCUGGGCCAAGACUACGACGAGCGCGUCCUGCCGUCCAUCGUCAACGAGGUGCUGAAGAGCGUGGUGGCAAAGUUCAACGCUUCCCAGCUCAUCACUCAGAGAGCACAGGUCUCUCUGCUGAUCCGCAGAGAGCUGUUUGAGCGGGCCAAAGACUUCAACAUCAUCCUGGACGACGUGGCCAUCACCGAGCUCAGCUUCAGUCGAGAGUACACCGCCGCAGUAGAGGCCAAACAAGUCGCCCAGCAGGAGGCACAGCGAGCUCAGUUUUAUGUAGAGAAGGCCAAACAGGACCAGAGACAGAAAAUCAUCCAGGCUGAAGGAGAAGCUCAGGCUGCAAAGAUGCUGGGCGAGGCCGUGACGAAGAACCCAGGCUACCUGAAACUCAGGAAGAUCAGGGCGGCGCAGAACAUUGCCAAGACGGUGUCGCAGUCCCAGAACAAAGUCUACCUGAAUGCCGACAGCCUGGUGCUCAACCUGCAGGACAAAGACAACUUCAAUUUGUUGCUGGGGAAGUAAGAGGACGUCAUCAUUCCUUGUGGUCCACCUCUACAGAAAGAAAACUCACUCAUUUCUCACCUCUCAGCCGCUGUCGACUCCACGUCAGGUUUCUCUGCAACUCUGCCACGUUUACACACCACAAAAACUGACUUUAACCUGUGGAGAGUGUCACCCAGCCGCUGUCUCACCACUGUGGAUCUUUUCUGAAAGGUUCCUCUGGUGCUGGUAAAGGUCUCAAUUCUUCAGUUUUGUUGUGUUUCUUUUUUUUUGUAUAAUCAUCUGUAGAUGUUUACUUCCUCUUUUGCUUUUGUCAGAAUCAGAAAAAUGUUUUAUUUGUGAAUAAAAAGCAGUAAAUGUUGCUUCUUCGUCUGCAGGCAAGUUGAGUUUGUUCACAGUGAGAAGUAACGUCGUGUCUUUCUAACCUGCAAGGAUUAUGUAUAUACCUGUAGAUUUUCACUUUGGACACUCGAGCUUCGUCAGUUACAUAAAUGAGUUGAAAGUACUAAUAAAAAACAACUGCUCUGACUUCUUCAGUUAUUUGCAUUGAAUGCAGGACAUUUAGAGGAGAUGGAUUAAAAUAAAGCAUCAGAUUAAUAAAUUAAAUGUGAAAAGGAUUUUUUUUACCAGCACCAGAGGAGUCUGUUAAACCGUCGUGAGAAAAACACUAAUAUGCAGGUUUCCCACAGUCAUGGAAAAACCUGGAAAAGUCAUGGAAGUAAAAAUCAUAUAAAGUUUUGAAGAAGUCAUUGAAUUUUGUUUUUGUUGUGUGGACAUAUUUCGGUAAUCUUCAGAGUUUGAAUCUGAUAUUUAAAAAAAAAAAAAAACACCAGACAAGUAUGGAAAGAAAAAAAAUUAUGGGUCCUUGAAAAGUCAUGGAAAAGUUUGGAAAUUUUGUCGAUAAAAAAUUUGUGGGAACUCUGUAUAUGGUUGGUGUCUGUCAACAAAUAAAUCUAAGACUGAA